ACAUUUGCACCAAAGCGAAGAAAACACAGGAAAACAUCGACCGUUCUCAUCUUCUCGAAACAUUCGCUCAUUUUUUGCCCUGAAAACCUGCAAAACAUCGUUCUAGAAAAUCAUCCAGCCGUUCUAAUUGUUUGAUUUGCAUGCGUGAAGAAUAGGAACGUAUCGAGCUGUUUUAAUAAUUGCAUCGAAAGUUUGCUGCACUGCUGAGUGUGUGUGUGUUUUGUUCUGUAUCUCUGCACUGCCUGCGUGUGUGUAUGCAUCGUGGCAUGUGUGUUGCGUGUGUGUGCACCCGUCAAGUUGACAUCCAAUUUGUGCUCUAGUGGUCCCUCCGCAUCCUGUCCUCGCACACAUCUUUCGUCCGGCUCGCACCAAUCGAGCCCGAGCCAGCCGACUGUGUUUUAACCUUUCUGACAUUGAAAAUUGUAUCACGGUAAAAAUUGAACCACUUCGUGUCGGAACUAAACCGCGCGCGGAUCGAAAUCCGGUGCACUCGCAUAAGGUUUGUUCCUAGCUCGGUACGGACCAGCGGAGCGCAGGCUUUUGCUGGAGUUCGGUAACGUGUACGUUCGUCUUGGAGCGGGGAAGGAAAAUAUAGUGACGGGCAGUUGGGAAAGUGCUGUUGCCUGGUGGAAAGUGCUGUACGGCUUUCGUGGCGUAAAUUUAGUCUAAUCUAGUUCACUUGAUCGUUUCGGGUGUCUGUCGUUCGUGGUACGGGUACGGUGCAAGCGCCAGUAGUAGUUCUGCAUCACCCCAAUCAUCAGCAUCGUCGUCGUCGUCGUCUUCUGCGUCGCCCUGGUCGACCGAUUGUACCGGAACCAGUUUUCCUGCCGAUGCCGACACCCCCAGUGAAGUUGACCGGCUUUUCAUCUACCUAAACCGCUAUCGUUUAUCGUACCGUGCCCCGGCACGAAAAAUAAGCCUCAAAAAAAGAAUGGCCAAGGACGAGGAGGACGAUCUGUUGCCCGAUAAGGAUGCGGCGAAAGGAUUCUACGCGAAAUACGAGCCGAAGGAAAUUCUUGGCAGAGGCAUCAGCUCAACGGUACGGCGAUGCAUCGAGAAGGAAACGGGCAAGGAGUUUGCGGCAAAGAUCAUCGAUCUCGGUGCGGCAGAAACGGGCGAUUCCAACCAUAUGCUGGAAGCAACCCGGCAGGAAAUUCAAAUUCUGCGACAAGUUAUGGGACACAAGUUUAUCAUCGAACUGCAAGACGUGUUCGAGUCGGAUGCAUUCAUUUUCCUGGUGUUUGAACUGUGCCGGCAGGGAGAGUUGUUCGACUACCUGACGUCGGUGGUGACGCUGUCGGAGAAAAAGUCCCGCUACAUCAUGCGCCAAAUAUUCGAAGGUGUCGACUACAUACACUCGAAAAACAUUGUGCACCGCGAUCUGAAGCCGGAGAACAUACUGCUGGACGAUAAUCUCAACGUGAAGAUAACAGAUUUCGGCUUUGCCCGAGUGCUGAAGGAGGGUGAAAAGUUGUACGAUCUCUGCGGAACACCGGGCUAUCUGGCACCGGAAACACUAAAGUGUAACAUGUUCGAGGACGCACCGGGAUACUCGAAGGAGGUGGACAUUUGGGCCUGUGGUGUGAUUAUGUUUACGCUGCUGGUAGGCUGUCCUCCGUUCUGGCACCGCAAACAGAUGGUAAUGCUACGCAACAUUAUGGAAGGCAAAUAUAGCUUCACGUCGCCCGAGUGGGCGGACAUUUCAGAGGAUCCCAAGGACCUGAUUCGCAAAUGCCUGGUGGUGGAUCCAUCGAAGCGAAUCACAGUCACGGAAGCGUUAAAGCAUCCCUUCUUCAACACAGUACUUUUCGAGCAAGAUAUUGGACCUCUGAAACGGAGCCUUUCGGUUAAAUCGAGACGCUUCAGUCGCAUUGCUGACCUGGCACUGGCAGCAUGUAGAGCACUGAAACUAACUUGCAUUACCAAGCGAAGUAAGUUACGUAAGCAAAGUCAGUUCAACGCUAGGAAAAAGUUUCAGUUUGCUAUACUGUGCGUACGCGCUAUGAUCCGGAUCAAGAGGCUACGGUACACGCCGGAACCGUUGCGCGUCGAGGAUGCGCUCAGGGACCCGUACCGCGUCAAAGUACUGCGCAAGGUCAUCGAUGGAUGUGCAUUUCGAGUGUACGGCCACUGGGUCAAGAAGGGCGAGGGCCAAAACCGGGCCGCUCUGUUCGAGAAUACGCCUCGAUGCGAGGUUUAUAAUCUUUAUAUCAACAGCCUUAAUCGAUAGGCUGUGAGGGGCAGGGGGGCCUGUCGUCCAGCCAGCAUCAUCGAACCGUUGUUUGCCGCCAAAGACCGAAGGACCGAUGCGAUGAUGCACCACUCUACACACCCAGGAAGUGCGAUGGUGCCCAAGAAUCAUGGCAGCAUUAGCAGCAAAUCGUUACUGAAUCGUCAACUCGCCGGUUGUCCCCCAAACCGCGCAAACAGCUACUGCAAUAAGUUCUAUAAGCAAUGAUAGGAAGUUAACAUCGCGAUUUACGGCGAUGGUUGAAUAAGUUUCAUCAAACCCCCUACCUACUUACACCAUCAUCAGCCCCAUCAUUAUGAUUCCUGUUGCCACCCCAUUGCUAUAGUGGAGUCGCCCGUUUCUUUAGAAUAGUAAAUUAAGCGGAAGUGUAUCCCGCAAUCCUACUGUGGUUGGCUGCAAUUGCAAUUGCAGCAGGACUGGAAUAUGAAAGCAGCGAGCGAUCAUGGACAGAACAGAGUAGAAGAGGAAGAGGAAGAAGAGGAAGAAGCAUUGAACGAGAUGAAGGUUCACGUGAUUAAAGAGAAAAUGCGGAACGAUCCUGGCUCGGGAGACGAUAUUAAGUUUUCGCCUUUUGUUUUCUUUUUAUACAACCAUAGCUCUAUGUACACUACUGUUAAUAAUAAUUAAGCAAAGUAAUAUACUUA